AUGGCACACCACCUCUUUGCGCGCCGGCCGGAGCAGCCGACAACAGCAACGACAACACACCACCACCACCACCACCACCACAUCCUCCUCCAGCCGAGCCGGCUGUUGUCCCUGACGCCGCCCCCGACUACCACGGCGCACCACAAGAAGAGGUCGGCCCAGCACCGCGUGCUGCAGCGGCGGAGCAGCCCCGCCGUCCUGGCGGCAGCGGCGGCGGCCGCCGCAGAGGCCGAGGCAGCAGCAACAGCAGCAGUAGAUACACUGCCACCACCACCACCACUACCACCACCACCGCUCGGAAACGUCGGUGCCCGCUACGACCCUAACCCUGCCGCUUCCUCGUCAUCCUCUCACCACUACCACCACCCCCAACACCGUCACCACCAUCACCACCACCACCACCACCACCACGACCUCGCCUCGCUCGCCUCGUCCUCCCCAACUCCGUCCCUCCGCGGCGGAAGCGACGCGGCCAGCAUCGCCACCACCACGACCCGCACCUUCGAGUCGCUCCUGUCCCGGCACCACCGCCACGACCACGACCACGACGCCGACACCGACACCGACACCGACCAUAACCACAACCACAACCGCCAUAGACGGGCAACCUCCGACGCAACAACAACAUCCCCCUCCUACUAUUACUACACCUACAACCACCAACCCCGCUCGUCGUCCCUGUGGCUGCUAGGCCGGGGCGCCCCCACCGCCUCGGAACCGUCGCCGCCCCGGAGGCGGCUGGUCAAGGAACCGACAUCCGGGUCGCCCCGGCCGCUCCUGGCCUUCGAGAUCGGCGGUGGCGGGGACGUCGAGGACGAGGCACCGCCGCCGCCGCCGCCGCCGCCGCAGCCCCAGCACCAGCAGCAACAACCCGACAUGUCACCACCGUUAGCGACAUCAGGGCUCGGUAGAAGCGGCAGCGGCAGCGGCGCCAUGCGCAGGAGGGUCUUCGACCGCCUCAUCGCCCUGUACCGCCGUGAGAAGUGA